AUGGGGGUUCUGGCGUCCCUCCUUCUACUUGGGCGUUGCGGUCUUGGCUUUGUACUACCUGCGGUCCAUCGCGCCAGCGGCGCGGAGUAUCAGUUUCGCAGCCAAAACCCCCGAGAUAACUUUUGCCGCAGGCAUGGACAUCAAACCGUCGUCAUUGACGACAAGUUGUACAUCGAUGGUGGCUUUGUUAACUUCGACACUUUCCCAAGUGACCACCAAACCCAUUCAAAUGCCUGGCUUGGAUUCCACGACCUGAGGAACUAUACCCUCCGGAACGGUGAGGCUUGGCCGAACCUCGACAUCAGUCUCAACAAGGACCCCAAAACCAUCCCAACAGUUCACGGCGGCGUACUCUGGGGUGAUAGUGUCAACAAGCGGUUUUUCGUCGUUGGCGGCGAAUACACCACAGGCUUCCCAUCGUCGGAUUUUCACCUCCUCAGCUACGACAUCCUCUACGACAAAUGGGACGAUUUUGGACAACCGGCGCUGGCGACUCCACUCACGGUCUCGUCAUAUGGCGCCGGAGUAGGCGUAUCUGAGAUUGGCCAGGGUUAUUAUUACGGAGGGUGGAUAAGCAACGCCUCCAUGCGCGGAUGGGAAAAAGGCAGAACGAUGAGCUCGGCGUUCUACAAAUACGAAUACGACACCAAUGCGACGACGCGUGCGAACGCCCCCGAUAACCUUCCUAGAGCAGAAGGCGCCAUGCUCUGGAUUCCUGCAGGAGACACGGGGAUGCUUGUCUACUUUGGCGGAGUUGUGAGUCCCAACGGCACGAACGAUACUGCGGCUCCCCAACCACUGGAUAAGAUUUUUGUCUAUGACCCCUCAACCAAUGCCUGGGAGACUCAAACGGCAACCGGGGAGAUACCGCAAAACAGACGACAAUUCACUGCCGGAGUGGCUUGGGCGCCUGAUAGGUCGAGUUAUAAUAUUUACAUAUGGGGAGGUCUGAGUGUACAGCCCCCUGUCGUGAAUGUCACCGCCUUCAGCGAUAUUUACAUCUUGACGAUACCCUCCUUCACCUGGCUGAAAGUCUUCCCUGACCGUCGUGGAAAUGCGACAUUCAAAAACGGGCACUAUGCGGCCUCGGGCAACAUGGUUUAUGGGAACUCACAAAUGUUCAUUAUCGGCGGCACCUAUCCAAACCCCGGAGAUGAGGACAUCUGCGAUUUGGCUCAAGCAGCCUGGGCCCAGCACAACUUGUUCACGGGAACAAAGGGUAACGUCGGUGACCACCCGAAUGGCACGUACUGGGCAUUGCCCGACCCAAAUAUCACCUCCAACGUUGUCCCGGUCGAUGUCUACAACGUCGUUGGCGGGGACAAGAACGGGGGCGCAACUGUUCUGUCUCCCGAAGCGGGCUACGACACUCCCAACGGCCUUCUCCACACCCUCCUGACGAGGCAGCCAACCUUCGCCGCUCGCACACCGACCCGCCCCGUCACCUCUACGGCGCCGCCACCUCCAGACCCGCCUCCGCCACCGCGUCGCCUGUCAACGGGCGCCAUAGUUGGCAUCGCCAUAGCCAGCGCCACGGCGCUGGUCCUCAUCAGCAUUGCCGUGUGUGUCAUGAUCGGCUACCGCAUCCGGCGGCGGCGACUCCUCCAAGAGCAGCGCCGGACGUCGUACUUGAGCGAGCAAACAUGCGUGCCCGGCAUCAUCCCCAGCCCGCAAGAAACCGGGGCGCCCGCCGUGAGCGAGCCGUACAGCUCGUACUUCGGGCUCGGCAGCACCAGCCAGCACUCGGUGCAACAGUCAAUGGGCGGCGACCCCGCGCAGCUGGAGGAUACCAGCCCGAAGGUCCGUCCUCCGCCUGCUGAGCUGGAAGCGCAGGGCUCUGGCACGCCCGCUAGUCAGGAAGGACAGGCCCACUAG